ACUAUGGUUUAGAUCUUUAUCAAGUGGUACGAGAAAUUUUUCUAAUCGCUACUCACCUAGAGGUACAUACACACGACAGCUAAACCCCUUGAUGACUGUAUGAUGGCCGGUAUUUGGGACAGUUUUGUGGACAAUAUAAAGUCAUUUUUUGCAUGGGUUUGGGUAUAUUUGUGGGUGAUUUGGCUUUUUCUGGUUGGUGUACUUGUCUACAUUCUGAGAUCACCGUUGAAAGUUAUGGAAAACGUGAAUGUUGUUGCAAUGUUCUUGAAUACGCUCACUCCCAAAUUUUAUGUGGCGCUGACAGGGACUUCAUCUCUCAUCUCUGGCUUGAUUCUGAUCUUUGAAUGGUGGUACUUCCGUAAAUAUGGAACAUCGUUUAUUGAGCAGGUGUCACUUAACCAUUUGUCCCCUUGGUUAGGAGGUGCAGAGAAUGGGGGAGGGACUUCUACUGGACAACAGUCACCACCUGAGUGUAAAACAUGGCGGAAUCCACUGAACCUUAUACGAGGAGCAGAGUAUAAUCGGUACAACUGGGUGACGGGGAAAGAUCCAUUGACAUACUAUGACAUGAACCAGUCUGCACAAGAUCACCAAACAUUAUUUACCUGUGAUUCAGAUCCAACUAGACACCAGGAUGAGGUUAUGAUGAAAGCAUGGCGAGAGAGAAAUCCUCAGAAUCGUAUAAAAGCAGCACACGAAGCCUUAGAAAAAUCUGGAGAUAGUGCAACGGCAUUGAUUUUAUUAGCUGAAGAAGAAGCAACGACCAUCGUUGAUACUGAAAAAAAGUUUCGGCAAGCUCUCAAAAUUGCUGAGGCCAACUUCAAGAGAAGUCAGGCUCUGCAACACCACAGCCCGCCUCAUGAGAAAAUACACAGAAGAGAUCUGAAUGUUCUGGUUUAUAUCAAGCGUCGAAUUGCCAUGUGCAUGAGGAAGCUUGGUAGAACAAAGGAAGCAGUGAAAAUGAUGCGUGAUCUGAUUAAAGAGUUUCCAGUAGUCAGCAUGUUUCAGAUCCAUGAGAAUCUCAUAGAGGCCCUCCUGGAGAUGCAGCUCUACGCAGAUGUCCAGGCUCUGCUUGCCAAGUAUGACGAUAUAAGUCUACCCAAGUCAGCCACCAUCUGUUACACAGCGGCGCUCCUCAAAGCCAGAACAGUGUGUGACAAAAACUCCAACAUCCAUAGCAGCUCCCAAAUUUCUCUUUCAUCGUUCAGGUUUUCGCCUGAGAUGGCAUCUAAGCGGGGGCUCUCAACCGCUGAAAUGAAUGCAGUGGAAGCCAUUCAUCGAGCUGUUGAGUUCAAUCCUCAUGUACCAAAGUACUUAUUGGAAAUGAAAAGCCUAAUCUUGCCACCAGAGCACAUCUUGAAGCGAGGGGACAGUGAGGCUAUCGCUUACAGCUUCUUCCACAUUGCACACUGGAAGAGAGUAGAGGGCGCACUUCAGCUUCUUCACUGUACAUGGGAAGGAACGUUUAGAAUGAUCCCCUACCCGCUGGAAAAGGGACACCUUUUCUACCCUUACCCCAGCUGUACAGAGACGGUAGAUAGGGAGUUAUUGCCUUCAGCUUUCCAUGAGGUGUCUGUCUAUCCCAAGAAGGAGCUACCGUUCUUCAUCCUUUUCACAGCAGGGUUGUGUACGUUCACCGCCUCGUUGGCACUCCUAACACAUCAGUUCCCUGAACCCAUGGGUGCUAUUGCAAAAGCAUUCCUCUCAUCUCUGUCGGCACCGUUCAGUUUUGUGAUGGAGAGACUUGAGGGCAUCAUACCAGCAAGCCUCUUACAGCAGUUAACACGUCUGUAAAGACCACCGUCACCACCACCACCAUCAAUCAUCAUCAUCAAGCUAGGGAGAGUUAUUUGAUGUCAUCAUCUGCACCUCUACCGGCUUAAGUUCUCUCACCAACCAACACAAAGUUGCGUAAAAUCCACCACUUUUUACCGGUGGCCUGCGACGGUUGGACUGUAUGAGCUGUGCUAUCAGUGUUUGUGUUUUAUUUUUCUGUUCACGUCAUACAAUGUUGUGUUCGUUUUCAAAUGGUUGGACAUGGCUGUUCCCAGUUCCGCUAUUUUUUUUCUUCUGUUUUCUGUGUCUGUGAAACCUAUUGAACCUUGUGGCUGUUUUCUCUGAGCUUUUGAGAGAGAGAGAGAGAAUCAGUUAUUUACCUGCUCAGCGAAAGAAGAGAAUUGGAAAUGUUGAGGAGUAGGCUAAACAUAAUUUGCAGAAUUCUUAUCUGCACCGUGCAUUCAGACAUUAAACUUGUGGCUUAUUUAAUGUAUUUGCUUGUUGUUUGAAAAUAGCUUAUGAAAAGUGGGCAAAAUGGUUGUUAGAAAGUGAACAAAUAAAUUCUUUUCACUCCUUAGAUUCAAGAAAUUGCUCUGCUAUGUGUCUGUUACUUCUAGGCAUCCUAGAUUUAUCAUAACUUCUUUACUCCAAUUUAGAGAGACUUCAGUUUCCAUUGCCGAGUUGUUUGUAAACAACUUGCUCAACAACAGUCCCUAUAUGUUUGUCCUGGAAGAUUUUCAUAUUUUACACAAUUUUUUUUUCUGCUUAAACCAAGUUCAUAUUAGUAUAUUCCACAACUGGUAAGAUGCAAAGAUUAUCCCACUUUGCAAUAUGAAUUAAUUUUUUGUGGUGAAAGACUAACAAGGAAUUUUGAAUGUUUUUUUUAAUAUGAUUGAUAUCAAGUGUUUUGAAAAAUAGCUAAUGCAAAAAUCUCAGAGGAGGGGUGACUUUAGAUAUCAACAACGGCACACCUCCUUGUCUGUUCUCAAGAGACUUGUCAUAUUCAUCCUGCAGAAAAAAAUAAUCAUCCAGUUCUCCAAGUUUUUGAAAGUGUAAUACGCUUUGAACAGAAGUGGGAAAAUAGCACCCUCCGGUCCUCCCAUUUUCCCCCUUAUCGUGUCUCCACCAUGAGUCUCCCACCCCAAGGUGUGGACUCCUAUAUGCUUUUCUCAUUUUCCUUAACCUGUUCCAUAGGUGGGGCAAUUCAACCCCACCUAUGGUAUGGGUUAAGUUCAUCCCACUUUCUUUUCUCAGUGUUUUUGCAAUGUGGGAUAGCCCCACCUAUAGUACAGGAUUAUUUGGCCCUGCAAAAUAAGAGGAUUACUUGAGCAAUUGCAGUGCUAAGAGAGAUAGUCCAGGGUUAAAUUUGCUAGUGAGAAAUGAAACUCGGCCAAGCCAAGGACAGUGCUUAAUGAAUACCCUAGGGGCAACAGAGCGAGCGCUCUUGUCCAAUCAGAGAUAAGUGCUCAUGAAUGUCCGUAAGAUAUGAAUAGACACAUUUUGCCAAUAGAUCUCAACUAAAUUUCUAAACUAAAGAAUUUUCCUCCAGCAAAGGAGUACUGAAAUCGUUCAUAUUGUCAACUACAUACUUCCUGUCACCAAACACCCCUGUAUUAUUAAACCCAAACUCUAAUCUUACAGAUAUGGGUUAUUAGUUUGAGGUCUCUUGAUAUUUUUUAUUCAUAAUUCAUCAGUUGGUGCUCAUAAGUACAGAUGAAAAAUUGUACAAUACAUGAUUUUUCAUGAAAUGACUUGUACAGCUCAUUUUUGUAGCUGUAUGAAAUGCAUGAAAUUGUGAUGUAUUAACUUUUAAUUUUCUGCUGAUGCCACUUAUCCUUACUUCCUUUCAGUUAUGUUUUAGCCACAAGCUGAUCACAUAUUGCAUGUGGUUAUUUGGAAUUAAAAAAAAAUCUUUAAGACUGGGAUAGAAAGAACAUUAAAUUUUUACUAUUGUGUUGAUAUGAAUAAAUUCAUAUAAAAACAAUAGUAAAAAUUUUAUGUCCUAUUUUUCUUGAUGACUUUUCCACACAAUCCUAUGGGAAAUACUGGUCCCUUCUUAUUUUCAAGCAAGAACACCCUUAUAUUCCAGGUGCAUUGGUUGGGAGUUCUGACAUUUAGAUUUCUUUACCACCCAUGUUAAAAGUUUCCUGUAGGAAAGUCUGAUUGAGCCCAAACCAUGUGUAAAACGAUUAAACUGAAAUUUACAUGUACAAGAAGCAUUUCUCUGAAAAGGAAAAGCUGUUUCAUUUUUAUGUUAUUUACAAUUUAUAACACUGCAGGACAGGGUAUAACAGUACUUAUUUUUUUUGUUCCCUUUACAUCCAACACAUCUAUUGUCAGUCCUGGAGUCUGUCAUUAUUAUUAUUUAUAUUUUCACUACAAGCUACGAGAAAGAGAGGAGUUGGUACAUUGUAAUUGCAGCAUCUUGUUAUCAUUUUUUCUAAAGAUUUUAUUUCAACAGGAACCAUUUUUAAAAAUAUAUAGCCAUCAUUACGAAAUGUCAUUAAAGGCCACUGCACACCCUUUGAGUGGUCUACGACCCAAUUUUGAAAAAAAAACAGCAUUUUAAAUAUUUUCUAAUAAUAUAAUCGGAUAAACUUAUCUUAUUUGAGGUUCAGAAUGCUUCUAUCAAAAUGUUCAAUAAUUGAAGGCCUUUAAGUUUGCAGUAAUGGCUAUUAUUGGCUAAUAAUCAUAGCUAAUCGUAGGAUUAUUGUGAUAUCCUUACGAUUCUGAAUUAAAUUCCUUUUAAUAACUAUGAAGAGGAUUGAAAUCAAUUAGCCAUCAAUAUUCAUUUGAUUAUUCAUUUUAUGAUUCAUAGCUAAGGAAACUGAUACAUUUUCAUUUGAUGAUUCAAAACUACGGAAACUAGUUUGUUCCAUUAUUUAGUCUUCUCAUCUAUUGUUUUAAUUUUUUAUUUACAAUUCGGGUCUUAGGCCAGUCUUAAGGUGUGCAGUGGCCUCAAAGCUUAACAAUAUUUCCUGUGAAUGAUUAGAACAGUAAUAUUCUUGGACAUAAAAACAUGACACUAGGGCUCUGUGACACAAAUCCCAAUGAUUGAUCAUUGUGCUCUUUAAUUGAUCACAUGCAAAUAUCAAUAUUACAAAUCAACUACUAGUAUGUAAUUAGACCAUAUCAAGAAACUUUGUGUGUUACAGUGCCCAGGAGUCCAGAAAAAUAAAAGCAUCACGAUAUUGUUGUAAUUUUUGCAUAGCCAAACCAUAGCUUUAAAUCAUUGUUGAGUUGAAUGUUUAUUCCGAAUGUAACCUUUUGUGUCUUUGGUUAUAAGAUGGAUGUAAUACACACACAAGCACCGGUCAAAAUAUUAGAUAUGUUUAUGUUGUGACAGUUUGCAACACUUCUUGCCAGUACAGUCAGUUUUCUUGUUCUUGAAUGAAUUUCCUUUAUUUGCUACCAACUGAAUAUUUUUAAUUUCAGGUUGUAUUACAGCGCACCUAAAAUAUAUUUGAUAUUUUAAUUUGAUAUCUCAAGCGGGAAACUAGGACUGUAGGCUGUCUGUUGAAUGAUGAUGUCACUUGCCCAUUUCACAUUAGUCUUUUCACCAAUGACACUGUUAAUGUGCAAAAAUUGAUUAAAAAUUAGAAAUUCAUCUUCAAGUACCACUUUGCACAUGACACUUGGUAUUAUAUAUAAUAAUGCACUUUAAAAUGUUUUAAAAUCUUAAAGAUUUAAAAAACUUAGUGGAUAUUCUAAAUAUCUUGUUGAUCGCCACAAGUGCACAGUAACUUUACAGAUAUAUAGUGAUUAUCUAUGAUGUGCAGGCAAACGGAAAUGUUCAGUGAAUGUGUUUAACCCAAGCUGUCUUGUGUGAGAACAGAGACAUUCUGCAUGAUACUGUAUAACAUAUAAGUAAUAUUUACUGAAGUCUGAUUUAAAUGUUUUGAUAUGUUAAAUCAAAUUGGGUUGUUGUCUGCUUCAAUUUUACAAACAGUAAACAUCUUUAAUUUUGAACAGUGGCAAGUUUAAUAAAAAAAUUUGAGAUAUGAGUGAAAACUUCCUAGGUUCCAUACUUCCAGUUGAAUUAGCUUGUCAAAGUUUAGACUUAAUGGCAUGUGUUUGACAUAAUGGCAUCGAUAAACAGGCUCAUAAUAUGCAAAUUUACAAGUAAAAAAUUUUAUCUGGGUAAUAAUGAUGAUAUGAUCUUUACAUUGGUUUUAUAAAAUUAUUGGUUAUAAAUUCUGAUCGCAUCUGUUGUUUCAUUGAAUCUUUCUUAAACAUAUUUCUUAUCAUGGAAAUUGACUCUAAUUUGUUUGAGCCAUAUCCGAGACAUACAAUCAUGAAAACAAGUACUUUGUAUCUAUUUUUCUUUUUGAGAGGUUUAUUUCAUUAUAUAUUGCAUUAUUCAUAUUUCUAGAAGUGAAACUUGUGUUUGUUUAAUAGUCACAGCACUUAAGAAAAUGAUACCACCAAGAAAUAUUCAGCAUAGAUGUGAGUAAUUCAGAAUGGUAUGAAAGGUCUUAAAAAGUUAUUGCAACUCUGGCUCUUCAAAGUCUAGGGGGUGUUGCAAGAAAAUAUUUUCAAUCAAUUGCAAAUUUCAGAUGCAAAUCUCCAAGUGAUAAAUCAAAUUAACUCAAGCAAACCACUUUAUACUUGCUGAUUCAGUUACAAGAAACAGACCAGCAAUCAAUUGCAAAUUUGAAACUUAUUUCAAGACUUAAAAUUGAUCUGGAUGCCUUAAAAAUUGAUUUUGAGUUUGAAAAUUUAGUUCUUGCAGCACUCCAUAAGAAUUCUAAUAUUUUUAUGGAUUGGAAUGUUGGAAAUCAAGCAGUCUGUCUAUUUGUACGGUAAUGUAUAAUGUAAGCCAUUAAUACCAAAGAUAAUUUUUAAACUGUAACAUCAUACUUCCACAGGUGUUAUUAAGCAUCAAGUUUAAUACACAUUGAUCGGGUUCAUUCUGUUAUAAAUCAGACAUAGUCAUCAGUAUUCAUUGUAGGAAAUCUGUAAGUAGACAGUUAAAGUGACAUCAUGAUUCAUGAAUGAAAAUCAGUAAGAUGAGCAUUUCUUAGGGACUAAUGAGAUACACAAAUUCACACAAAUUGAAAUAGUACUAUAUAGGUUUGUGCUUUAAAAUAGAUUAUGAAAAUGUUCCAACGAAGAGCGAUGCUUAUCCUUUUGAAAGUCAAGUCAACUGAACAUAUCAUAUUUUGUUAUGUGAUCUUGCCUUCUCACAAAGAAAUGUUCAGUUCUUUCCAUACGCCCCCUUCCCUUACAGGGACCUAGAUACACAUGGCUCUACAUUUAUUGUGGUAUUUGGCCUUCUUGCUUUGAUUUUUUUUUUUAUCCUGGUAUAAACAUCACAAUUUAGUACUCCCUCUCUAGGCAUCAAGUCGAUAGGUUUAAUCUGUCAUAAUUUGUGUGAAGGAAUUGAAAACAUGAAUAGGGAAAUUAUUCAUGAAUUUUAUAGCCACGAGAAGCACAUUUGGUCUUCUGUGCUAUAGAUUUCUAGAUGUAUGUUUGUGUCUAUGCUUUUCUGUCUGUGAUUGUUAAACAUCUAAGAUGCAAACACUCAAGAAGGUAGUGUCUAUUCUAAUGCUUCCCUUCAUCCUCUCUCGUUUUUUUUUUCAUUAUUAUGAUUUUUUCAAUGCUUCCUUUUUCUUCCGUUGCAUCAUUUUGAAUGUUUCAAUUUUUGUUCAGAUGUUAUAUUUAAGAGAUCUUCUGAUGAGGAGUGAAAAGAAUUUCUGUGUUACAUGUUGAAAUGCUGUCUGAUGCAAAAAAGUAUUAAAAAAAACCAGAAUGACAAGAA